AUGCAUUCUGACAGUCCGGCAUCCCCGUUUCUCAAAACGUGUAAAGUCUCCCGUCUCUUUGCAUGAUUAAACCCAGAAAAGGAUUCUCCGGAACAGCUUUUGAAUUGCCAAGACGACGACAUGUCUACCACCCACAAACAGCGUUAUAAAAAUGCCGCCUUGGACUCCACAGAGAUGCGGCGUCGUCGCGAGGAGGUGGGCAUCCAGUUGCGGAAGACCAAACGCGAACAGCAGCUUUUUAAGCGACGCAAUGUGGUCCUGGAGCCGGCUACAUCCUCAACAUCAGCCGGAAUGGAGAGCAUCGUCAGUAACGAACAGCAGGCUGCCGACAUGCACAUGUCUGACAGCAGCACUGGACCAACGCAUUUUUCUGGCGGUCAAAACGAGGCAACCGCUGUAAGCGGGGCACAGCCAUCCGUAAUCAGCGAGGAGAUGAUUCAAAUGCUAUACAGUGGACGUGAAAGCGACCAGCUUGAAGCCACUCAAAAGUUUCGCAAAUUGCUGUCCCGCGAUCCCAAUCCACCCAUUGAGGAGGUUAUCCAGAAGGGGAUAGUGCCGCAGUUUGUCACCUUUUUGCGUAACAGCUCAAAUGCCACGCUGCAGUUUGAGGCCGCCUGGACGCUAACGAACAUUGCCUCGGGCACCUCCCAGCAGACCAAGAUCGUAAUCGAGGCCGGGGCAGUGCCCAUCUUUAUUGAGUUGCUCUCCAGUCCCCAUGAUGAUGUCCAGGAACAGGCUGUGUGGGCCCUGGGAAACAUAGCCGGUGACUCACCCAUGUGCCGAGAUCAUCUGCUCGGCUCCGGCAUUCUAAUGCCUCUCCUGCAUGUAUUGAGCAACUCAGAGCGCAUUACCAUGAUACGGAAUGCGGUAUGGACUCUCUCGAAUUUGUGCCGCGGCAAAAGUCCUCCCGCAGACUUUGCCAAAAUUGUCCAUGGUCUGCCAAUACUGGCAUUGUUACUGGACUAUACUGACCCGGAUGUACUAAGCGAUACUUGCUGGGCCAUAAGCUACCUGUCCGAUGGACCCAACGAUAAAAUCCAGGCUGUAAUAGAUGCGGGUGUUUGCCGUCGGCUAGUUGAGCUCCUAUUACAUCCACAGCAGAACGUGAGCACUGCCGCUCUAAGGGCCGUAGGCAAUAUUGUGACCGGCGACGAUCAGCAGACCCAGGUGAUAUUAGGGUACAACGCUUUGCCCUGCAUAAGCCACCUACUGCGUUCCACGGCGGAAACAAUUAAGAAGGAGUCAUGCUGGACAAUCUCUAAUAUCGCAGCCGGCAAUCGUGAGCAGAUCCAGGCCAUAAUCAAUGCCAACAUAUUCCCGCAGCUGAUGGUUAUCAUGCAGACGGCUGAAUUUAAGACUCGCAAAGAAGCCGCAUGGGCCAUUACCAACGCUACCAGCAGCGGAACCUCCGAACAGAUCAACUACCUGGUGCAGGUUGGCUGUGUGCCGCCCAUGUGCGAUUUUCUCACCGUCGUCGACUCGGACAUUGUCCAGGUGGCUCUAAAUGCACUAGAAAACAUUUUGAAGGCAGGUGAAAAGUUCCAGACGCGACCUAAUCCCUAUGCUAUUACCAUCGAGGAAUGCGGAGGUCUGGACAAGAUCGAGUAUCUGCAGGCGCAUGAAAACCGCGACAUUUACCAUAAAUCGUUUUACAUAAUCGAACAGUACUUCGGCAACGAAGAGGAGGAUAGCCGCGUGGCCCCCGUGGCCGGCUCGCAACAGUUUGAAUUCGAUCCAGACAACAUGCCCAGCACAGGAUUUAACUUUUAGCACCUUACCAGGCAGGACAUCGUGUACACUAUUCAAAUGCGAAUUCCUCUCAAGUCAUGAACACACAACAUACAACAGGAAGCGAAUCCUUGCCGACGGGAUUUAAAUGAAGGCCAGAGCACGGACAUGAAACACAGGCCGCAGGAGAAGGCAGACAUUGCCCAAGUGCAGUCACUACUAGCAUUUAAGUAAAGUUGGUCAUUCGGUCGGCUCGUUUCUUUGUUACACACACUCACCUGCACUUUGUAUCUGCGGUUAAAUUUAUAGUUUUCGAAGUGGUCCAGGACCAGACAUGACCUUACUCAAAGUUUUCUCCAGCUGGCGAGAUUGCUUUCAUCUAGUUUGUAUGUACUAAUUUAAUAUGUUAUACACAACCCAUUGUAUAUGUUUUUGCUUUCCUCAGAUUGAGUUUGUAAAUAUUUUUCAUAAGGCCCAAAAACGUUGAGAUCCUGACAUGGUGUUAUACAUUUUGACAAAACCAACGUUAAUUACGAUAAUGAUAACGAAUAACUUGAAACGUCUUUAUUUGAUUUUGUUAUGCGAAUCGCCGAAUGUAAAUUUGUUUAAAUUAUAAAGCAUUGUAAUUUAAUUUAGAGGACACAUAAAUAAAGAACAUCUAGACCACA